AGGUUUUAGAGCGUGGAGUAUAUUUUGGUCACUUUUUUAAAUGUUAAUAAAUAAUAAUAUUUAUUAUUAAUAUAAUAUAAUUUCAAAGUAAUAUUUAAUCCAGAACGACUUUAAUAAGAAAUAUUAAAAAAACUUGUCGACUUUAGCUUUUUAUUUGUGAAAACUUAUAAAUUUCGAGUUUUUUUUAUUGCUAAAUUAAGAAGGCUAUGUCACUCGACAGAUACUUUCCUUUUUCGAUAUUUUCUUCAGCUUCGGCCACAACUGCAGCAAGUAAUUUUACAGCUACUACAGCCGCAGCUAUCACUUCCACAGUAGCUACUUCUACAGCUUCCGUUGCCGAUGCCACGACUAGUUCUGCUACUACUGCGUCAACUGCAUCAACUAUUGCUACAGCUACAACCGCUGCACUGGUUGCAGCUGCUAGCAUUUUUUUGUGUGGCAAUGACGUCAAAACUGUUAGCAAUGGCUUCGAAUAUUACUUGGCUGCAUCUAAAUUUGUUAAAGAUGAUGACUUUGAUGAUUCCAACUUUGGGAAGAAAACGUAUACACCAAGUAUACCAGUAAAGGACUUCGAAACCGUCGAAGUUUCUCAAACUAAAGAAUCGGACGAAGCUAUAGAGAUGAUGAGCGAGGAGGGAGAAGUAGUGGCGACUGAAGCGGAAAAAUUUUGGCGAAAAAUAGUAGCGGAAAAAGGCACCACAUGCAGCAGACAUCUUCAUUCCCAGAUGUUUCAUUUGGAUGAUUCAUUUGAGGUCGCUUGUUGCGAUAUUGUAGCCCCUCGUGAGCUCAACAUGAGUACAGAUUCGGUGAUGUCGGAGGACUUUGGUUAUGGAUUUGCUACGGGAACCCUCAUUGCGUUGACGAUUACGGUUUUUGUUCUUUGGUCACAGCGUCUCAAAGACUAAAAACAAACUUUAAAUUUUUGAAAAUAGUUUAUUUUUUAUAAAAAGUUCGAAAUUUUACUCUUUUUGCUUCCUUAUUGACAGCUACACUGUAUGUUUUUAAUGCAUGCAUGUCAAUGAGUUUCAAUGUGGCUGUAUUUUAACGGUUUAAUUUAUUAUCAAAAAUAUUUUAAAACAGCUCUCCAAUUUUUUUCUCUGUGAUAGUAAUUGAUAUGACAAUUUUGAAAGUAGUUUUUGUAUUAAUUUUGAUGGUUUUAAAACAUUAAUUAGACUUUUGAUUAUGAUUAUAAUAAUGACAUUAUUCAUAAUAAUGACUAUUAAUAUUAAUAAUACUAUUGUCAAAGUGUGAUGCGGUAUGUAGUUGCUUCUGCCUGUUUAAUAAUAACCAAAUACAAUAAGGAUAUCCAGUAUUAAACAAGUGGCCAAAAUAUGCGUCAAAGAAGCAACAAUUUUAUAAAAUGUCAACUUUUGGACAAUUUGAAAAAGUUAACCCACCUCCCAA